CCUGAUGUCAUGAGAGUCACCUCUAUUCCUUUUAAAGAGAAGAAUCUCAGAUAUAUAAGCAAUAUAACGAAUAUUCCUAUUUUUGCAGAACUUCAACCGUUGAAGAUAGUCCUUCCAGUCAGUGCAUGUCUUUUACUUCUUGUAGGCAUUCUCUGUGGCCUGCUUCUUAAGAGAGCAAGACAGUGCUUGAACAAAAGAGAGGAGUUCAGUUAUCCAUCCAUUCGUGGCAUGGACGACUCGACCAGGCUGCCAAACACAGAGUCAGAGAGGGGUAGCUGCCAAGAGACUGGACGUGUUUCAACAGGAAAGUCAAGCCCGGAAUCAGUUCAGUGUGAAGUCACUGAAGGUAAUGGAUCUGAAGCGUCUGACGAGAAACAGGAAGGGUUUACAUACACCUGGAGUUACGGCUCCACCCCCAACUCCUUCUACAGUGUGGUGGCUAGAGCUGUAUGUCCAGACCUGUCUGACCCAUAUGUGCGACAUGAGGUGUGGGGGACGACACUGGGGGGACAGGUCACUGGCACUACCGUCACAGAUACUGGUUGUGAGUAACAUUGGGUGGACAUGUCACUAAAUGGGAGAAGGGGGUGAUUGAUUGGUCGUGCACCUGUUUGGCAUCAGUCAAGGACUACGUGAAGGUGGUGAAAAAAUGUUGGACAUGGGUCAAGGACUGGGCCAGAAAGACAAGCUUUAGGACGUGGGUCAGGGAUUAGACGAGGCAAUUAAGGUUGUUGAACAUGGAACAGAGACACGUUGAGGGC